AUGUGUAUUGGGCCGUUUGGGUUGAUUUCCCUUAACAUGCAAAAAAGUAACGAUAAGGUUACUUUUUGAGCUGAAAGGUAUUGAUUUAACGUUGAAAACCAAAAACACUUCAUUGCCCUUCUACUAUACUUGUUAACACAUGCUUCUGAAAAGUCGAAGACCAUUUCCAAAUAUGUUGUGUCGAGUUUCACCUGCUCUGCUCGCUCGGCUUUUCCAUAUUCAUCAAAGGCCUUCAUUUCCUCAGGACCGGCCCUGUUUGCAGUGAUAGUUUCCCAGGGUACGGUGACUACGAACAACCAUAUGAGCACACAAUCGGUUGUUCCGAUGGACGGAAUCAACGUAAGAACGGUAAGGAAUUUUCAGAAAGCCGGAGGUGAUUUUUAGCUCAAAACUACGUGAAGGUUGUGUAUGUUGGUCUGUUGUUGCAAAUCACCUGCCAGCUAUAUAUAUGGAUGAAUUUGUUGUGUGUUUAGCGAGCUUUGAUGGACCUGAACAUUGUACAUAAAAGAGGGCAUUAAUGUGACACCGGUUCCGAAUAUUUUACCCGAAUGAUUUACUAAAUACUAAUAAUAAUAAAAAUAGUAAAGUUUGUUGAUUAAAUAAAUAAUAAAUAAUGAUAGAAAUACUAAUAUACUACUACGUACUAGUUAUAUUAUGAUAUUAUUACUAGGCUACUACUAUUAAUAAUAUCAAUAAUAAGAGAGUAAUAAUAGUAGAGAAUAACAAAACUAAAACAUGGGUACGGUUCAACACUAAAGUUGACCGGCCCACAUGUAUUACCUAACUUUAUACGAAGUAUAAUAUAGGAAAAACUGUCAAAUAAAUCCACAUACUUUUAUAAAAAAAGUCAAUUAAUUUCAUGUACUAUUUAAUGAAUCAAUCAAGUCCGUGUAAGAUUAGAAAAUAAUUAAAUUGGCUAUUUAGCCUAUAAACAACCGGUUCUUCGGUUGUAAUAUCGAGUUGGCUUUUUUCUUCUUCAAUUUUCUAUUUUUUUAUAUUUUUUUCUUUUUCUUUUCUUUUCAUUUUUGUUUUUCUAUUUCUUUUGCUUUUCUCUUUCCUUGUUUUUUUCACUCCAUCUGUUUACCUUUCGAUCUAUCAGUCUAUGGAGGCUGAGGCAACAGAGUUCGAUUGACUUGAUGAUGUUAGAUUAUUGGACUUAUACUACAUGUAAUAUUCACAGUAUAUUAUUUAUCGGGUUUAAUUGUAUGUUAUAUGCUAUCUUAUAUUUAGGUCCAAAAAUUAGUGGUCCUAUGGAUAUUAAUUUAAGUGGGCUAAUAAGUUAUCUAAUAAGGUAUAGGGCCCAAAUGUGUAGAGACCCAUGGGCUUGACCUAAUCAAUGAUGGGCUGAUUAGGGUUAAGCACUCUCUAUAAAUAAAGGGUUAUGGUCUCUAGUUGUACACGUCAUUCCGUCUUUCUGCAUCCCAUCGCUAGAGAGAUAAUCCCGAGGGUGUGUAUCAACUGGAAACGCAAACCCUAGCCUCCGUCUCCCGGAUCUCUAAAGGUCAUCUCCCAUGGAGUCAGGUACGCUUCCGCUCAGUUAAUUCUCUAGAUAAUUUCAAUAUGAAGAUUAAAGUAUUAUCGGAUUUAUUCCAACAAUUGUUAUCAGAGUCUCCUUCAUAUUGAAUUAUUUGGAGCAAGUAUCAUCUACCGAUGUAAUUCGGGUAGAUUUCCUUUUAUGUAAUUCAUUCCUAUGUAUUCCAAUUAUUGAAUUGGUGCUCAUGGAUUAAUCAAAACCAUUACGGCGUUGUUCUUUUGAUAAUUCAAAGGUGGAAUACACGAUGGAGUAAUUCUUGAGUAUUUUUUUAUUGCUGAUUCGGCAGUUGAUGAUCUAGUGAAAUUAAUCAUUCUUUUUUGGGGGGGAAUUAUGGCUUUCAUGAUCGUCGAUUUGUUAUUUUUUGGGUUUUGUUUUGGGGUCUGUCAAUCAUGCAAUUGAAUAGGUUUUGGGUUAAAUCAAUCUUACAAUUGAUUUUCUGGAAGAUAGAUUCAAUCGUUAAUUUUCUUUAUUGUGAGGAUCAUGUUUCUAUUUCUCUUUAUUGGAAAUAUUUGGUUAAGUGAUAAUAUCACAAUCACUUCAUACAGAAUACUAUUAAUUUAUGGAUGUGGCUGAAUUGAUUCAUAACGAAUCAUAAUUACAGUUCCUUUCUUUAAAGAAUUAGACCUUUAGCUUACGUAUUUGUUCUUGAUUUGGAAUCGAUUUUGUAUCAAAACGAUUAGGCCUUUAGCCGAGGAUACCUGUAUCAAAUUAAAUUAUGAUAUGUUUCAUUUUUCGGUAAUUUAAUUUUGGAAUUUUAUACCUUGAAUAAUUAAAUACUUAUAUGUAAUAGAUUACUUUUGUUGGUGGUCGUGAUUUGCGGCUUGAAAAUUUAUGUAUUACUCCGGUAUGUGUUAUGGGAUGUAUAAACCCUAUUUUGCGAUCACACGGUGAUUGGUUACGAGUUAAAAAAAAAAUUAUCGUUAUACAUAAUACAUUUGCAUGUGAUUCAGAAAAAUUUGCCCAAUUUUAUUUUUCAGAUUUUCGAGUUAAUAUUAGUAUGUCUAAUAUUUGAGUUAGUUAAUUGAUACAACAUGCUGCCAAAGUAGUCUCUCUUGUUGAAAUUAAUUAACUCAUAUAUUAAGAUGAUUGUGUACUUUCUUAUUUCAUGCGGAUAAUAAUCGGCCCAAAGGAAGGUUAUUAUUUGGCCGAAAUUUAAGUACAUUUGUGAUAAUAAAAUUUGUGAUGAUUAUGAAGUUUUUCGUGUGAAUAUUAAGUCGGUCCAAAGAAAGGCUUAGUAUUUGACAUGAUUUUAUUAUCAAAAUUUUAUUAUUACGCCAAGAUACCACUUGCAAGUCUAAUUUAUGUCCAAAGACAAGAUUAGAUGUUGCGUUAGGUAUCUUGUGAUGGGGAUUGCUAAUAUUUAAAUUUAAAAUUAAUUAUCAAAUUAAUUUCAGUUCCUAGAGCAUAUCAUUUAUAUUAUUUUUUUGUUCUCUUUCAGUCAACAAUUCUGCUGCUACAAUAUCUGCUAAUAUUAAUAGCAUCCCAGUGCUUAACGGCACAAAUUUUAAGGAAUGGGAAGAGAACGUUAUGAUUGUUCUCGGUUGCAUGGAUCUAGACCUUGCACUUCGGACUGAGAAACCCGCCGCUCUUAAGGACACAUCUACCCUUGAUGAAAAGAGGGAGAUGGAGAGGUGGGAACGCUCAAAUCGCAUGAGUCUAAUGAUCAUGAAACGUGCAAUUCCAGAAUCAUUCAGGGGCACAAUGGCUGAUGAGGCUGAUGCCAAAUCGUUCCUUGUCGAACUUGAAAAGCGUUUUGCUAAAAACGAAAAGGCGGAAACUAGUACUCUUUUAAGCACUCUUGUUUCCAUGAAGUAUAAAGGCAAAGGGAACAUAAGGGAGUACAUUUUGGAAAUGUCUCACAUUGCUUCAAAACUAAGUGCACUAAAGCUUAUUUUACCUGAGGAAUUGCUUGUGUAUUUAGUUUUGAUCUCUCUUCCUUCUCAAUUUAAUCAAUUUAAAGUCAGUUACAACUGCAUUAAGGAGAAAUGGUCUCUCAAUGAGCUCAUUUCUCAUUGUGUUCAAGAGGAAGAGAGAAUAAAGCAAGAUAAGACAGAAAAUUAAGGAAGCUGCAAAUUCGGGGCCUCCCAGGAAGCAUCACAAGGAAACUAAGGAAUCUGGAUGCUUUUUUUGCAAAGGGACUAAUCACAAGAAAAAGAACUGCACUAAGUACCAUGCUUGGCGUGCGAAAAAGGGGUUGCCUGAGCUGCCGAAAACCAAUUGAUGGUGAAAGAUACAUCUAUGUCGGUGAUGGCAAGCGGGUUGAAGUUGAGGCUAUCGGUGUUUUUAGAUUAUUAUUAAAGGCUGGUUUUUAUUUGGAUUUGAAAGAGACAUUUGUUGUGCCGUCAUUUAGGCGGAAUUUAAUUUCUAUUUCUGCAUUGGACAAAUUUGGUUAUUCUUGUUCAUUUGGAAAUAGUCAGUUCAGUCUAUUUCAAGAUUCAAAACUUAUUGGUACUGGUCUUUUAUCAUUUUAUGAUAAUCUAUAUUCACUUGAUAUAAA